AUGUCCUACUAUGACAUUGACUCCAUAUUGACUGACGCACAAAAACUGCCAUGUACAUUUGAGCUUGAAGUACCCGGUCUGGGGAUUUUGGAGGGCAAUGCGGGUGAAGAUAUCAAAGCCGGAACCCGGAUUGACCUUCCAUUAUGGCUAGGUGAAAUGCUCUCGAUCGGAGCACGACUAGGAACGUCGCGUCUGGUUACGCUCGACAUGCCCGAUGCUCUUUCGGAGCGCGUGAUGAAUGCAUUGAAAGCCGAUCCCCGUACACUCGAUCUGCGCGCAUUGGCACCACACUUCUACAAUCUAAGCGAACGGAUUCUAGAACUGUUCGAAGAAGAAGAAAUGGUGGAUGUUCUGAGUGACACAUUCAAGAAACGGGCAGCAGAAAUCGCCGACCACGCGCACAACUCCCGCGGUGCGGUCGGCGAUGGCGUGGAUUUCCUUCGCGGGUUGGAUGAGACUGAGCGACAAUUAUUCCGUGCUGCCCAUGACCGGGCUAAGGAAAUGCGGAUUUGGUCUGGAGAGGCUAAGCGGAAAUGA